AUUUUUUUAAUGUUUUACGGACUAAUCUUGCUCAUAAUUGAUACAGAUUUGAUAUCAUCAAUUUGUUGUUGAUUUGUUAUCACAAUGUCUCACAAUAGAUAUUUGAUAUAUGGAAUCAAAAAGAAGAAGAAAAAAAUUUACUUCAGUCAAAUCACAUGUUGAUCGGUAAAAAGGGCGAAUUUUUUUCAUUCAACAAAAUGUUGAAUCAAACGGUUUUAAACCAUUGCCGAUGCUACAACUAUAGUUUUUUUAUCUUAAUUGAAAAAUUUCCAUCAAGACAAGACAAUUUCCUUUCCUCCUUGGUGUGAUGUCUCAAUCAAAUGGUUCGACCGGCAACGGAACCAUGGCUGAUGAUCAUAAUAAACAUAAUGAAAGUGAUGAUGAAAUUACGCCCAAAUCUCAAUUUUUUAUCGGUGUAUUGAUUGUCAAACUUAUUGUGAUUUUUUUCGACAUCAUUACAUUUCCAAUCUAUUAUCUGAUUCAACAACCAUGGAUAGCAAUCAAAAAACAACGUGAAGUAGUGGCAGCAUUGGAGAAUCCAAAUGAUCCAUAUUCUUCUUAUGUUCGUGUAGUGGAUAAUUUCCGUAAUCAUUAUAUAUUGAAAGCACAAACAAUACCAGAAUCACAACAAUUGGUCCUGAAACUGAAUCCAAAAGAUAUGCCAAUUUUGGCUACAAGAAAAUUGAUUAAUGUUGUAAAACAAACUUCAAGAAGUGGCAAACAAUUUCUAAAAUAUCAUCUUGGUGAAUAUGAAUGGAUGACAUUGGAACAGGUUGACAAACAAAUCAGUAAUCUAGCAUAUGGUUUUGUUGCUGAAGGUGUACAAUUUCAACAAAAGGUUCUCAUCUAUUCUGAAACUCGUUUAGAAUGGUUCCUUUGUGCUCAAGCAUUGUUUCGAAUUGGUGCAGUUGUAACAACUUUGUACACAACAUUAGGAAAGAAAAGUGUAUUAUAUGGAAUACAAGAAACAGAAGUUGAACAUAUUAUAACCACAAGUGAUAUGUUACCAACAUUACUAGAACUUAUUGAUCAAAUGCCAUUGGUUAAAAAUAUUUAUGUCAUUGAAAUACAUCGUGGUCUAUUGAAAUCUGAACCAAUAACAGAAAAUGACUUUAAUAAAAAAUUAGAAGGCCAAAAUCGUCUUAUUAAAUUAAUAACAUAUAAUCAUCUGGCAAAAAUUGGUUAUCUCCGUGAAAAUGAACUUCAUUAUACGAGGCCAAAACCAUCGGAUUUAGCCGUGAUACUUUAUACUUCUGGUUCUACGGGUAAUCCAAAAGGUGUUCUUGUAACUCAAGAAAAUCUCAUUGCUGCUAUGCAUGCUGCAUAUGCAAUUUUGAAUCAAGAAAUCAUUGAUGAAUAUGAUUCACAUAUAUACUAUGCCAUAUUGCCAUUGUCUCAUAUAUUUGAACUCAUGGUCGAAUUGGCAUUAUUCUCUGUCGGUAUCAAAAUUGGUUACGGUUCUCCUCAUACCAUGUUGGAUAGUUCAACAGCUAUCCUAAAAGGUCAAAAAGGUGAUUUGAAAAUAUUAAGUCCAACCAUAAUGGCUGCAGUUCCAUUGAUUAUGGAUCGAAUACGAAAAGCAAUCACGGAUCGUUUUGAAAAAAAGAAAAGUGUUUUCAUGAAACAAUUGGUCAAGUUUUUUUUGGCUUAUAAAAAUUAUUGGCUCGAACGUGGAUUUGAUACACCAAUGGUAAAUGAAUUAAUCUGUAAACGUUUGAAUGGAAAUCUUGGUGGUAAAGUUAAAUAUAUGAUAUGUGGUGGUGCACCUCUCAGUCCGGAUACACAACGUAUGAUGAAAGCUUUUCUUAAUGUACAAAUUUUGGUUGGUUAUGGAUCAUCAGAAACGUGUGGUGCUGCUUCUUUAAUGAGCCUACAUGAUCUAUCCAUAGGUAAUGUUGGUACACCAUUGAAAGGUGUCAAAAUUCGUUUGAUAGAUUGGACCGAAGGUGGAUAUUCGGUUCACGAUAAACCAUAUCCACGUGGCGAAUUGGUAAUUGGUGGUAAAUCAAUUUCCAAAGGUUACUUCAAACUUCCAGAAAAAACUGCAGAAUCAUUCGAAGAUAAAGAUGGCAUCUGGUGGUUUAAAAUGGGAGAUAUUGGUGAGAUAAAUAAAAUUGGUGCCAUCAAAAUUAUUGAUCGUAAAAAAGAUUUAGUUAAAUUACAAUUUGGCGAAUAUAUUUCAUUGGGUAAAGUGGAAACGGAAUUGAAAGUUUUUUCAUAUGUUGAAAACAUUUGUAUUUAUGGCGAUUCAAUGCAUACAUAUGUGAUUGCAUUGAUAUCACCAUCCCGUGCAAAUUUGGCCCGUUUAGCACAAGAAAUGAAUAAAUCAAAUCUGUCGUUCGAAGAACAAUGUGAAGAUCCAGAAAUAUUGAAUAGAAUUCUUACGGAAUUGAAACAAUUCUGUGCCGAAGUUGGUUUGCACAAAAUGGAAACACCACAAAAGAUAAAAUUAUGUUCCAAAGAAUGGUCAAUGGACAGUGGUUUCUUGACCGCUUCUCUCAAGAUUAAACGUCGUGAAAUACAAAAAUUUUAUGAAGAAACUAUCAAUGAAAUGUAUAAAAAUUGAAAUAGAAUUUAUUUGAAUUCAUCAUAAAACUCGUGUGUUUGUGUGUUUUACGAUGUCAUUGAUUUAAUAAAUGCUGGAAAUUAUCCAUUUUUUCAUCCAAUAAAAGAAAGAUUAUUGGAAAGUACAU